AUGGGGAACACAUGAAUGGACCAGUGCAAUGCCUUCUUCUUCUUCUUUUUCUUCUUGUGCUGUAGUAAAACUGGAUGCUCAUUUGUAUACGAUUUGUAUUCUGUUUGCGCCUGCUGGGUGCACAGAAAAUGUGCCUUUCGUGAGCGCGUCACGAGACUGUGGAUGGAUGGAGGUUAUAUUUAGGCUCUGAGAGAAAACAGCGGGGUUGGAUGAUUCCUCUGAAGGGGUUUUGUCAAGGACCUGCUGUUAGAGACUACAGAGCAAGAGAGAGGAGAAGCGAGGAAGAGGAGGGGGGACGCUGCGCACAAAUACCAAAAUAGGAUCGAGCUGCCUGCCUGCGACCGUCCUGCGUGAGCUAAAUUGAGGCUCAUGUGUUGUGAAGAGGAGAUCGCUUGAGGAGAGGACAGUGUGGGGGAAAAAAAAGCGCGAGUCAUUCAUGGAAAUAGGAUAUCAUGUCACAUAAACAAACCGAAAUCUACACAUAUGACUUCUGUGACGGUGACCAUCCAGCAGAGCUCCUGGAUGCGCUCAGGCAUUUUUACACUAGCGGCCUGUUUACCGACGUUGCUCUGCAGUGUGGCGAAUCCGGACAGGUGUUUCACUGCCACAAGGCGCUGCUGUCAGCCCGCAGCUCCUAUUUCAAAGUCAUGUUUACAGCUGACAUGGUGGAGAGAUCAAACAGCGUCAUCAAACUAACCGGGAUAGACUGCGAUGUGCUGGGCGCUCUGGUGGACUAUGUGUACACCGCUCAGGUGUGCAUCACUGAGAGCAACGUGCAGAGCCUUCUGGAGGCUGCAGACCUGCUGCAGUUCAUUUCUGUAAAACAAGCAUGCGAGGAGUUUCUCAUUCGCCUGCUGGAAGUGGACAACUGCCUGGGAAUGCACGCUUUCGCUGAACUGCACCUGUGCCCGAGGCUGGAGAGGGAGGCACGCAGAGUGAUGCUGAGCAGGUUCCCGGAGCUCAUUCAGCAGGAAGAGUUCCUAGAGCUGCACCCUGAGAAGAUGAGAUCAGUCUUAGUGGCACAGAGCCUCACAGUGCAGAAAGAUGAGGUGCUGAUAGAUGCUGCUACCACAUGGGCAACCCAUGACUUAGAUAAUCGUAUACACCACGUUUCAGUCCUACUACGCUCCAUCCAUCUGGAUCUGGAUGAAAUUCACUUUCAGGCCACAUUAGACGUCUACAGACAAUACUUAAAGAAGAAUGAUGGGAAAUUAAAAUCUAUCAUCAUUCAGGCUUUAAGGUCAAAUGGAAAAGAGAUACCUGCAGGUAGAAAAAUGUCUGCAAAUAUGUAUAUCAUUGGAGGGUACUAUUGGCACCCACUUUGUGAAGUUCACAUCUGGGAUCCUAUCAGCAACACAUGGGUGCAAGGAAAAGACAUGCCCGACCACGCAAGAGAGAGCUACAGUGUCAGUUUACUUGGUGCAAAUAUCUAUGUGACGGGUGGCUACAAGACGAACACUGUCGAGGCCCUGGACACUGUUUCAAUUUAUAACUGUGACUGCGAUGAGUGGACCGAGGGCUGCCCCAUGAUUACAGCCAGGUACUACCAUUGCUCUGUGGCUCUGCAUGGCUGUAUCUACGCCAUCGGAGGCUACAGAGGAGGAGCUCCUGAACGAGAGACCGAAUUUUACGAUCCUUUAAAAAAGAAAUGGUUCCCUGUGGCCAAAAUGAUCCAAGGUGUAGGAAAUGCCACUGCGUGUGUAAUGGGAGAUAAAAUUUAUGUGACUGGGGGCCAUUAUGGCUACAGAGGAAGCUGCACCUAUGAAAAAACACAGGUGUACAGACCAGAUGCCAACGAGUGGAGUAUCAUUACAAUAAGUCCCCAUCCAGAGUAUGGGCUGUGCUCUGUGUCUCUCAACAACAAGCUGUAUUUGGUGGGUGGACAGACGACGAUCGCCGACUGCUACGACACAGAGAGAGACGAAUGGCGACCGAUAUCGGUGAUGAAGGAGAGGAGGAUGGAGUGUGGGGCUGUGGCUAUAAAUGGUUGUAUUUAUGUAACAGGUGGAUACUCCUACUCCAAGGGGACCUACCUUCAAAGCAUCGAGAAAUAUGACCCUGAGCUGGACUCGUGGGAGAUAGUGGGGACUCUUCCCAGCCCGGCCAGAUCACAUGGAUGUGUUUGUGUUUAUGGUGCUUAGUGACACGAAUGUUUAUCAUUUUGUGCCAAAUGGAUCUAAAAGUGACUUCACUGAAGAGAGCUAAUAUUCCACACUUAACUCUUAUUAUCUCACAGCAUGUCACCCUGCACCAGAUCCUUUAGGAAGCUAUUUGCCAAACUGUGAAUAUACUGAUGAAUACCAAGCUUUUCAUUUAAAACUCAGGGGCCUCAUGUUUUUUUGCUUCUUUUUAAAAUAGACUGAAAAGAAAUGCAAAGAGAGAGAGAGAAGAUGACGUUUUAUAAUCUAAUAGCCAGUUUAAGUAUUAUUUAAAAAUCACAAUGAAAUAGACUUUUAUUAGAAAAACUG